AUGGGAAAAGCCAAAAGCCAAUCAUCCCCGCCACGCGGGAAGAAAAGAGGGCGCUCCAAGGUGAAGGACGAACCCGAAAGACCACCACCUGCUCUCCGAUCGAAUCCCAAGGGGCGGACAUUCAUCAUCACCCGACAAGACGCCAUGAGAAGAGCUGGAGGCCUGGAGAACAGGCUCGGUGACGAUGCCUACAACCAGAUGGAACUCGCCACCGGCAUGAGGAGAUGGCUCAGCAAGCCCGUCAUCAUGGUACUCACCGAGGGCAUGAAGAAAAAGGUCUUUGACUGGUGUCAGCAAUAUGACCCUUCCUGGCUGGGAGUGCUUUUCGAGGCCAAGGGGAACACCCAGCUGACCUACGAGUACACGGCCGAGGAGGAGCAUCCGAUCUUGCCUGAACACCUGUUUCAGGCUCUCCGAGCUUUGGUCAUGGAGCUUCCCUCCGAUAGAGACGCGUACAAGCGCCUUUGGCCAUUUAUUCAACUGGUCACGACACAUUCGCAGCGCAUAUUCCUCAUGGAGGAGCUUGAAGAGAAUCGACCCGAGUUUGCGUACAAACUCGAUGGACAGGGAAUUGUUGGCACGUUUGAUGGGAGCAGCUCUGUGAGGGGUGGAUAA